UCAAGCAAGAUCGACACAGCUUGAGGCACCGUGGUAUCACCCGCUCGAUCCCAAAUCCGCGCUUAUUCGUCACACAAUAUCGUCGACUCGAUUGUGAAAAUACUGUGAAGAUUGGCGAAUAGUAAAAUUCCAUCUCGGAAAGCUUUUCUUCAUUUGUCGCGAUCUUAAGGAGAAGCUGUUUUCCUUGAGUUUGCAUGGGUGCAUCUUUGCCAGCGGCUCCACUAGCCUAGGCAUACCCAAGACUGGUAUAAGCCAUACAUCACGCUCAUACCAGCCAGAUACAGUGGAUGCUGAUAUCUAGUAGCACAAGUCUUGGAAUGAUUCAGUUCAUUCGUGGUGUGCGGACGCGGAUUGAUUUUCUUAAUUAUAUUGGAUCGAAAAACUUUUAAUCAGUCGCGAUCAGUUUGAAACAUCGUCUUGAGACUACGCGACGCUGACAUAGUGCGGGACUAUUUCGUGAUGUUACCUUUUGAUGGCAAAAAUUAUUGUUUCUAAAUUCUUGGAUAUUGUUUAUAAACAAUUGAACUUUUGAUUGGAAUUGAUUGGAGCGAAAGGUACCCUAUUUCUCAAUGACUUGUGGACUUUGCUGAAUGACCACAAAAGUGAUUAGAAGUGAUCGACUGGUCCAUGAUCUUUGAUUGUCUCGGGGGAACAGCAUUUAAAAUUUCAAUACCCAAGAUCAAAACGGAUCAGCGAUUCGAUUUAUUGCAUUUUACUUUGGAUAAAACUAAUAAAAUUCGAGUGAUAAUUGCCUGCCCCCGCCGGACAAGUGAUUCAUUUCAAUAAUUUAUGAGUGCUCAAUUAUUGCUAAUGAAUUUUAAGUCACAUUUUCCCCGACUUUUACGAAUAAUUAAAGAUACGCCGCUUUAAAAACAAACGGAGUGUAAGAAACUGCUUUGAUAGUAUUGAAAUAAGUCGAACCGAAUUAAACUUUUGUUGAGAAUUCUCAUCUUGCUCGCGGGCCGGUUGUUGUGCGAUUUUUCUACGAUUUCAUUGUGAUUCAAAUAAGUGCCCAAGUAAUCUAAAGUUUGGUGUGUGAUUUAACUGACAUUUAGUGAAAACAAGUUGUUCUUUCUUUUUGGUGUUCAUUUAGAUUACUUUUGGAGGAGGCACCGAGUAGAGUGAAACGUCAGCUGUUUGCGCUCUUGUGGGGAUUUUGGCUUGUUAAAUUUCAGUCUUGAGAAUCAAAGUCAACUGCUUUGGAGUCACAAUAACUUUAUAAUGACGUCACGUUGGAUCCUACAUACAGUUCUGGUGGUUUGGAUACUAUCCACCAUCUAUGUUGUCGCAGAUACAGAUACAGAAGAGGAACUUGACGCGAGUGCGAUAACUGGACAGAUGCCAAAUCCAGUCGGCGCAUCCCGUGUUUUCCCAAAAACUUCAUUUACAUGUAAAAAUCGACCAGCCGGAUAUUAUGCUGAUGUGGAGACAGGAUGUCAGGUCUAUCAUAUGUGCGAUGGCGUCGGAAGACAAUUUAGUUACGCUUGCCCAAAUACAACAUUGUUCCAACAAAGGAUGUUAAUUUGUGACCAUUGGUACAUGGUGAAUUGUUCAAGAGCUGAGGAUGAUUAUGCGGCAAACUUAUUAAUAGGUCAAAAGGAUAAGCCAUUUGUCCCUGAAGAAGAACAUCAACAGCGAACACCACGCCCAGACUUGUUGGAUCGGCCAUAUGCUCCCGAUUAUUCAGGCGAAUCAUUUAGGAACAAUUACAAGGACCUACCCCCCAUUCAAAAUCAUAUUUCUGAUUCAUUGAACUCGAAACAUCUGGGUAAACCAAUACCGACACGUUGGAGCCUCAAGAACUCAUUGAAGUCAAAAGAAAAUUCGAUACACACAAACCGACGAAGUGACAAUAUUGACCACGAAAAUGAUCUUGGUACUAGUUUCAGCUCUCGCUACAACAGUACAGGUGAUGUUUCAAGCGAGCUUAAUAUUGAUUCUCAUCCUCAUAAAACGACCGACUCCAAUACUAUCAUUGAGCCGAACCAAAGCAUUCCAGUGAAGGUUCCCUCGAAAAUUUACGAGCCACCAUUCUUGCAUCCCAUUUAUAAUCUAAAUUAUACGGAAGAAUUGACGACAACAACUACAACAAAAUUGUCAACUACACCCACAACCACUGAAGCGACAACGACUAUAAUUACAACGGAGCAAACAUUCCCCACUGAAAUAGUUUCAACUACUUUUGCAGGUCAGCCGUUUGAAUUGGCCAAUUCUAUUGCUCCCACUGCUCCUGAGGCCCAAACUUCGCGAAACGAAGCUAAAAACAAUUAUGAUUUUUCUGACUUAGUACAGCAACAAAACCCAAUCACUGAACGGCAAGAACCAUCUUUCCGUCCAACCAUUUCGAGAAAAACAACUACAAUUAGUGACCGUAUUGAAGACAAUUUUACUGGUCCUUCACAAGCAUUUGAGUCAAGGAAAAAAGAGAAGACACCUUUAGGAUUACCUAUUGAGUCUGCAAAAUCAGAUGUACCAAUCCCGCCCCGCGACUUGCUUCCUCCUUUCAGAGAGUAUGUAGUUCACGACGUUGCUACCACUCAAGGCCCACCAAUCUACUAUGAAUGGAAGACCCCAUCUGACAGCUUAGAACCACCAAAAUUACCUGGAGAAAAAGACAGUCACGCCGAUUUACCAAGUGCUGCUUCAGAGGUCUCAACGGCAUCUCCUUCUUUUUCACACAAUCCAUUCCUGUCCUCUCUCUUACGUACGAAAAACUCCCCAUCUGACGAUAAACCAUCUGGACGUUCGGGAGAAUCGGACGUUGCAACUUCAUCGGAAAGCAGUAGGAACUCUUUCAAAAGAUUAGUUCCUGAACUUCCAUCAGACGAAAGAAUUGAGGAACUUCAACGAGAACUUCUUAUUCCUGAUUUCCUCUUCCCCUUGGAAAAUGAAGGACGCACGGGUUAUGAGCUCGAUGAUACCCUUGACUCGUUCCAAUUGAAAAUUCCACGGAAACGUAAUAUAAAACGCCAAACGCGACGCAGUUGAACGGAAAGAUGUCAGCAAUAGUAGGCUAUAAAUUUAGCUAUUUUAAGAAUGUUAUUGCCUAGAUUUAAGAUUUUGUAACUCUAACUUCCCAUAAAAUUUCCCAACUUUCAUGUACGAUGGACUCUCUAUACAUCCUGAACUAAGUUCCUUGCCUCAGUUGCUCCGCAGCUAUAUUUUCUAAAAAGGACCUUCUUUUGUACUAUUUAAUUUCAUUCGUAGUUUUAUAGACAAUUUUGUAAAUAUCGUUUUUCAAUCAGCUAAGAUCGGAUUUUUACGAUUUUUUAGUUUUUACAGAUUUUAAAUAAAAAAUUAA